AUGCACUUCACCAACGUCUUCGUUCAGGCUCUGCUUGCCGGCUCCGCCAUUGCCCUGCCCGCCUCCCUCAACAGCAAGCGUCAACUCCAGACCAUCCAGGGUGCCCUGACCAACGUUCAGGACUCCCUCGGGCAGCUCGAUGUCGCCGUCAAGGCCCUCAGCGCCGCGGACCCCAACAGCGCCGCCAACCUCCUCGACGCCUCCAACAAGGUCCAGACCCAGCUGAAGGACGGCACUACGCAGAUCCAGGGCGCCCAGGAGCUCUCCCUCACCGAUGCGCUCACCCUCCAGCAGUCUGCCGGUGGCCUGACGACGGCCGUCCAGACGGCCGUUGACGACCUCGUCAGCAAGAAGCCUGAGCUCGACAAGCUUGGCGCCACCUCCAUCGCUGUCGACCAGCUCAAGUCGCAGAAGGCCGUCGCCGGCGACUUCAGCACGGCUGUUGUCUCCAAGAUCCCUGCCAUCGGCCAGAGCAUCGCCCAGCAGUCCGUCGAUCAGGUCACCACCUCCCUGGACGGUGGCAUCCAGAAGCUCUCCGAGGGAGGUGCUGGUGCCGCCGCUCCCGCCGCCCCUGCCGCCCCUGCCACGCCUGCCGCACCCGCUGCCGCCGCCGCAGAGCAGUUCCACGCCGAGGUCAUCGCCUAA